AUGUCAUUGAGAACGUUGGGGUUGAACCUGAGCUUCAAAGGGUUAUUCAAGAAGCCCCAGGGCCUCGCGCCGCUGGUGGCGACGGUGUUGGACUUCAAACAACCGGAAGCGAUGCACGAAUCGAUCAUAACCCGCUGCGACCGCGAGAUCGGCGGCUAUUCUGACGUUGAGUUUGACAUUGACCCUGUUUCACAAACGGGGCAUUUCCACGGAUACCUAAACUUGGACUUACCCAAAGAUAACCCCGAGGUCACGCGUCUGGGAUAUGCGAUGUUCCGCACCCGCGACCAAAAAGACUCGUGGCUAUCGGGUAACCAGUACUGGGAUUGGCUGAUGUACGACGCCCUCGCACUUAGGGUCCUCGGCGAUAAGCGCAAGUACUUGGUCAACUUACAGGCCAAUACCCCCUUGGUGACCGACUUGUACCAGCACCGGCUUUUCCUUAACACCCCCGGCGAAUGGGAGACGGUGGUGAUUCCGUUGAAUGACUUUGUCAUGACUAAUUGGGGGGUGAUCCAGGACGGCUCGGAGAUAAACAAGGCCGAGGUGAAGACCGUCGGCAUUGGCUUAUUAGAUAAGCAGUACGGCCCGUUCUCGUUGCACGUUGACUGGAUCAAGGUGAUGACGGGCGCCGAAGUUGAGAAAUUGGCGGCGAGCGCCGGCGCCGGCGCCGCGGGCGCUGGCGCUACCGGCGCCUCUGUCAAUGCUAUGCACGGCGACCGCUCCCCGGAGACCGCCGAGGCGUUGUUGGCGGAACAAGGCGCCGAGUUCCAUCUGGGCCUGGCCCUCCGCGGCACCCCAGAGGACCCCAAAAACACCAUUUUCUAG